GGGAUACGUUGUUGUUGUCUACACUACGCUCUGCAACUCUGCAGUGACACUACUCCGGUUCUCACAUUCUCUCUAGGACGACUACAUCAGGAAUGUGGAGGAAACCCCAGUAUCGGAUGAAACUGUGGACACCACCAAGGAUCUGUGCCAGAAGGUGAAGUGUAGCCGCCACAAGAUCUGUGUUACCCAGGGUUACCAGAGAGCAACGUGUGUCAAUGUCAACCGGAAGAAGCUGGAGCACAGAAGCAGACAGCCUGUAGAGCUGAUGCCUCAUGAGAACACCUGUAAGCCCUGCCCUGUGGCCGCUGCCUCCCCUGUGUGUGGUACGGAUAAACACAACUACGCCUCUCAGUGUAAGUUGGAGCAGCAGGGCUGUCUAACAGGGAAGGAUCUGAGUGUGAAAUGCCAGGGCAUGUGCCCCUGUGCCACCGCUGCCACCCCCAUCACAGAGACCGAGGACAAACACGAGAGCUGUACCGGGCAGGACCUGGCAGACCUUGGAGACCGCCUCAGAGACUGGUUCCAACUGCUCCAUGGAAACGCCAAGCAGAACAACUCAGGCAAGCCUGGACCUGGCACCGCCUCAGUCCUGGACAAGAGCCUGGUGGCCAGCUGUAAGGAUUCCAUAGGCUGGAUGUUCUCUAAGCUGGAUACUAAUACUGACCUGUAUCUGGACCAGGCCGAGCUGGCAGCUAUCAACCUGGACAAGUAUGAGGUGUGCAUCCGCCCCUUCUUCAACUCCUGUGACGGAUACAAGGAUGGGAGGGUUUCCACCGCAGAGUGGUGCCUCUGCUUCUGGAGGGAAAAGCCCGCUUGUCUGGCUGAACUGGAGAGGAUCCAGGUUCAACAAGUGGCCAAGAAGAAGCCUGGUAAGUGUCUGUCUCAUAACAGGGACUUUACAGGAAAUUGUCCCAAAUG